CUUUCGUUCUCACCGCAAGACACAGAAACAAGCUGCCAGAUCUUGCUGUUAUACGAAAACAAUGAAAUAAAAAGAUAUAUUCUGCUGAAAAUACCAAAAACGAAGGAUGCUACGAUUGAAAUGUUGUACUGGCUAUUCUUGGCAUAUACCUAAGUUUAGGUCCCUAGGAACCUCCGUGUAAGAAUAGACGUAUGGAUCAUUAUAUGACUACGAAAAGGAAACCGAGAGGUUUACAUACUAAGACGCUUACAACGAGGUAUAGAGAAGUCAAAAAGGAAAACCAAAAACUCUUGUUUUUACGGGUUGAAACAGAAUCGGUUUGCAAGAUGAGCUUUCAAAGACUAUUCAUAAUGAAAAGAAGGACGAUGCUUGUACGAAGAUUCAAAGAAAUGAGAGGAAAAGUGCUGUAUGACACAAACACGUCAAGACCCGUUGGAUUCAUCAGUGUCAAAAGCAAAGCCAAAUUUUAUCAAUUACUUUUUUACAUUCACAAUUACGCUUACACUUUCAAGGGGGACCAAAGGACGAUCCUGAGACAGCAGUGAGAGAUGAAUUGUGAACCCACGUACUCACUAGACCCCAAGAGAUCAACAAUUGCCCUGUCUUUUUUUCAAUUCAAUUCAAUUCAUUUCAUUCCAUUCAAGUUCAAUUUUUCCUCUAUUCAUCUAAUCUCUCUUAUUUCCUACUGGGUAUUUUCUUUUUUUUUUUUUUUUUUUGUUUUUUUUUUUAAUUUCCUUUUCCUUGGGUUACUUUCCCUCUUUACUACAAACUCAUAUCUGAUCACUCGAUAUUGCGAUAUAAGAAUACAAGUAUCAUCAGUGCCACGAUAGCACUGUUCCUCCACAUCUGCCCGUACCUUGUUACUACGGUGAACUACCAAGGACAGCCAACCACCUUCUCUUAGCCACUAAUAUAAGCAUCUUAACGAUUUUCGUUAAAUAAAGCCAGACUCAGAAAAACCAGUAUUUUGGAAGUC